UCGACCAGGACUGUGCUUGACCGCUCUCUCUAACCCUAACGGCGGCGGCCGGCGGGCAAGCACGCGGCGGACAGCGGAGACGCCUCGAGUCCAUGCUAGCGACGUCUCGAGUCCAAGUCAGCGGCGCCUCGUACCCUCCCGCCGUCGACUGGUAUUGAACUGGCCGUGGAGCGGAGUGGAGAUUCCAUCUGGACUUGGAUCGGCUGCUUCUUUCGUUGGUUAAGUGAUCCUAGCUUGCUCGGAUCGAUUCCCUUGUUCUAAAGGCUGGUUUUGUUCGUAAUCAAAUCCAAAUAUUUUGUUUUCUCUCCGUUCAGUUGUUUGUGGAUUUGUGUGCUGCGUGGUGCCCUAGUAAUCCAAUCCGUUCGUGCAUCCGUAGUUCGAUCAGGUCAUUCUUCUUCUUUGCCGCGCAGGAUUAAUCUAGUAAAUGUGCCUGUGCAGUUCAUUUUCCAGAAUUUUUUUAUGCCCGCGUUGAAUCCGCCCUUAGUGCUGUGGUUCUGUGACGAGAUGAGCUGAUUGUCCAAGAAAAGGAUGGGGCGGGAGAUGGAGGGUGAGGAGGAUGCGGUGGUGCAGUCCGUGAACGACCUCCCGGUGCAGAACCCCCCGGGUGAGGAGUUCUCCGCCGCCAACCUCACCUGGACCAAAUACGCCAGCUCCGAGCACCACACCGACGACGUGGCGCUCAUCCCCUACGACCGGAUGGAGGCCUUCAUCAGCGGCGAGUGUAACAACUCUGAGUGCCCCACCCGCUUCCACAUCGAGCGAACAUUGGGCCGCAAGCGCGACAUGGGCAACCUCAGGGAGUACAAGUGCGACGAGUACCUCCUCUACAGGAUGUAUUGGUGCUCAUUUGGCCCUGAGAAUUAUGGUGAGGGAGGGACCAUCUUGCCCAGCAGAAGGUACAGGCUCAACACGAGGAACCGCGCCGCGCGCCCUCAGUCGAUGCGAGGCUGCACUUGCCAUUUCGCCAUCAAGCGGUUGUACGCCCGCCCUUCCCUGGUUCUCAUCAUCUAUCAUGAGAGGCGCCAUGUCAACAAGUCCGGUUUCAUAUGCCAUGGGCCCCUCGACAGGGACGCUAUCGGGCCUGGUGCUAGGAGAAUCCCAUAUAUUGGGAGCGAAAUCCGGCAGCAGACCAUGUCGUUGAUUUAUCUCGGCGUCCCAGAGGAGAACAUACUGCAGACACAUAUAGCAGGGAUACAACGUUACUGUAGCUCAGAUGCCAAGGUUGAUAGCCUUGCUUCGCAGUAUGUCCAGAAGCUUGGAAUGAUCAUCAAGAGGUCUACACAUGAGUUGGAUCUAGAUGAUCAAGCUAGCAUCAGAAUGUGGGUCGAUAGGAACAAGAAAUCUAUGUUUUUCUUCCAGGACUCAACGGAUACAGAUGCAUUCAUUCUAGGGAUCCAGACAGAAUGGCAGCUGCAGCAAAUGAUGCGCUUUGGUCAUCAGAGUCUUUUGGCUUCUCAUUCCUCAUUUGGCGUAAGCAAGCUAAAGUAUCCUUUGCACACACUCCUUGUAUUUGACUCAAGGCAGCAUGCUCUUCCUGCUGCAUGGAUUAUAACCCGCUCGGUCACUAGGCAGGAUACAUUGAAAUGGAUGAGAGCACUUACUGACCGAAUACAUUCUAUAGAUUCGGCCUGGAGAGUUGGCGGUUUUAUCAUUGACGACCCAGCUUCAGACCUGGACCAAAUCAGGGAUGUAUUUGCCUGCCCAAUUUUGUUCUCUUUCUGGCAUAUCAGGAGAACCUGGCUUAAAAAUGUAAUCAAGAAAUGCAGCAACAGUGAGAUACAGAGAGAAAUUUUUAUCCAACUAGGAAAAGUUUUGUACAGUAUCUGGAGUGAGAAGAAUCCCAUGGAUGCCCUAGAGCAAUUAUUUCAAGACUAUGCUGAUCAAACCUCCUUCACAAAAUAUUUCAAGUCAUUUUGGGUUCCCAAAUUGGAAAUGUGGAUUGACUCCAUCAGAAAUCUACCAUUAGCAAGUCAGGAAUCAUGUGGUGCCAUUGAAGGUUACCAUCUAAAGCUCAAGGCUAAAGCAUAUGAUGAUUUGCAGCUGGGUGCUCUUCAACGGGUGGACUGGUUAGUGCACAAGCUCACGACAGAGAUCCAUUCCAGCUACUGGCUCAACCUAUAUGCAGAUGAGAGUGGUUCAUUCCCUGAGGUGAAAGCAGAGUAUGUUGUGUCCACUUCGUGGCAAAGGGCGUUGCAGAUACCUGAUGAUGCCGUUCUCUUUGAUGACAAAGAACCCCUUUCAGCCAAGGUUGCAAGCCAGAAGGAUGCUAGUCAGAUGCGGACUGUAUGGAAUCCUGGUUCUGAAUUUUCUCUGUGUGAUUGUUCAUGGUCAAUGCAGGGUAACCUAUGCAAGCAUGUUAUAAAGGUUAACAUGAUGUGCGGAGCACGCAAGGAUUUUCAGCCCUCGCUGUCAUUCCAGUCAUUUCAGCAUGUCCUACUUGAUCUUUGGCAUAAACCAUUGGAUGAUUCGUUCUCACUCGAUCUGUCAGUAGCAUGGGUCAUGCAAAUGCAGGAGAGGAUCCAAAAGGUAGCUGAGCUUGCCACCUCUGAUGGCAUUGCCCAAGUUGCAGGCAAAUUGCCAGUUCAGUGGGCAAACAAGAGAGGGAGAAGGGCAGCCAGUAAGCACACAAGCUCUGUUCUUCCUCAUUCUAAUGGCAGUUUGCAAAAAGACUUGACCCCAAAGAAGAGCAGAAAGAGGAAGAGUUUGUCUAGCUUUUCAGGUUAACACAGUUAUUUUUUGGUCUAUCUCUGUAAUUAGAUGACUAACUGUCUUUUCUUUUCUUUUGUUUCGUUUUCUCUGUAACCUUUUGGGCUGAGUGAACUUGUUCAGCUACUUGUAAUCAAUUUUAUAUAGGCCUUGGAUGGUAUUCCACUUGUAAUGUUUACUAGGAAUAAAAAUAUAUAGUUAUUGA